AUGGAUCCUAUCAACAGGACACAGAUCACUGUGGACUGGUCAGAUCCCUGGUUCUCUGCAUUGCUGGGCUUUCACAUCCUAACAUUCUUGGUCACCUUCAUCACCAGGAGGAGACAGGUGCUACAGGUGGUUCACUUCGGGGCUUUGUUUGUGUUAGUGUACAGUGCUGAAACCCUCAAUGAGCUUGCGGCUAAGAAUUGGAAGUUGUUUUCCCGACAGCAGUACUUUGACAGCAAGGGCAUGUUUAUAUCUCUGGUUUGGUCGGCUCCUCUGCUCGUCAACUGUUUGAUCAUUGUGAUGAUGUGGAUUCUGACCUCAGCACAGCUGAUGGUGACAACAGGAAAACUGAAGUUAGAACACGAAAAGAGGAAUAAGGUCAAGAAGAAACAAUAA